AUGCCCUACCCUGGACUCAACAAUACACCACCCUAAGGUGAUCCUCUGAGAUAUCUUCCAGUCCAGGGCGUGUCCCGCUAGGUGUGACUGUGUGAGUGUGUGCCAUUAGUAGCUGGAACGGAGCAGAACGUAACAGUCCGCCCACGUACACUCGAACAAAUCGGAGAAAGGGACGGGUGACAAAUCAACUAAUAGCGAGAUUUUGGAAAGUCUGUCAUUAUUUGAGCAAGAGAGCAACUCCAGGUGGACUUUUCUUGAGUCGCUCCGGGACAAAGUCCGACUGCCUUUACUCUAAAAUGACAACGGUUCUCGUUUAUCCUGUCUUGUCGCUGCUGGUCCUUUCCUUUGUGGAGUCAUGUUAUAUUCCUGACUCUCUCCACGUCGUUUCGCCACAAACCAUUCCAGUUGGAUACCAGGUCACAAAAGUUGAAGCUGUUGGCUGUGACCCCAAGACACUUCGUUUCACUGUGGAGGACCCUAGCUUUACGAUACAAAGCAAUGGGGUAAUAGUAGCACUAAGUCCUGUCUCUGUGGCAACCAGAGGGCGGACAUUUUCUGUGAGGGCUCAGGACAAUAGUGGGCCGGGAAGUGAGAUGGAAGUUCACCUUGUCUGCAGUACAAAGCAGGAAAUAAAUGAAAAUGGUCAAGUAAUUUUGAAGCGCACAAAGAGACGCUGGAGUCCUCCCCCCAUCAACAUACUGGAGAAUGACGCAGGACCUUUCCCGAAAUUCUUGGAAACGAUUGUUUCAGAUUCAGAAGUCCAACACGACGUGUACUACACCAUUACAGGACGUGGUGUGAACAUGGACCCAGUUGGCAUUUUUACUCUUGACAGUGAAAAGGGGACUCUGUACGUGUACAAGACACUGGAUCGAGAAAUGAUUGCACAGUAUACACUAACGAUUAAUGCUUUGGACAAAGUAUCCCAUCAGCCAAGAGAUUUACCUUUGGACAUUGUAGUAAAAGUGGACGAUGUAAAUGAUAAUGCGCCAGAGUUCCUUGGCAAUCUUGAGUUUACUGUGCUUGAGCAAAGCUUAGCUGAGGUGGUGGGGAAAGUGAAUGCAACAGACAAAGAUGAUCCCGAAACAGACCAUGUGAGGAUCAGAUACAGGCUCCUUGAUGGGUUGGAUUUUUUUCACAUCCACGCAGAUACAGGUGUCAUCACCACAAUCUCUAAGAAGUUGGACCGAGAGACAAAAGAAACGCACAUGGUUACCAUAGAGCUCAGAGAUUUGAAGGGUGGACACAGGUGUCUUUCUAGCACUGCCACCGCAACAAUCACCUUGAAAGACAUCAACGACAACCCACCAACUUUCACCCAAAGUUCAUAUAAAACUACAGUUCCAGAGAACGAGAGUGACAAACUAAUCCUGAGAAUUCCUGUGAAUGACAAAGAUUUAAAAGACACACCCAACUGGAUUUCCAAAUUUGUCAUCACGAAAGGAAAUGAAAAUGGAAAUUUCAGAAUUGCCACUGAUCCCAAAACAAAUGAGGGGCUUCUUUAUGUUGCAAAGCCCUUAAAUUAUGAGACGACCAAGAAAGUAAUGCUUGAGAUUUCGGCCCAGAAUCAAGAAAAGCUGGUUGGAGCCAGUGCCGAAUGGAUGUCCGUCCCUGUGGAGGUUGCUGUCACCGACGUUGACGAAGGUCCGGAAUUCCUUCCUCCUACUGUUCGCUACGUUGUCCAAGAGAACUUACCAAAUGGCACAGUGAUUGGGAUGUACAAAGCUAUUGAUCCAGAGACCAACAGCAGCGUUGGCAUAUUGUAUUACAAGGUGUCUGAUCCAGGAUCAUGGGUUGGAGUGAACAGCAAUACUGGAGAGCUGACAGUUACGAACACCAUUGACAGAGAGUCCCCUCUUGUCCAGGAUGGGACUUACAACAUCACCGUGAAGGCUGUUGAUGCCACCUCCAAAUCAGGAAUAGGAACCGUAGUCCUUGUGAUAGAGGAUGAAAAUGACAACAAGCCAACAAUUCCAAAGGAACUGACGUUGUGUAAAAAACAAGAUGGCAGCCUGAAUUCCCUGGUGGUUGUGGCUGAAGACAAUGACGCCAGUCCAUUUUCCAGCCCCUUCACCUAUUCCAUGCCAGCAAAACAUGAUGGAAAUUGGGAAGUGUCUUCAUACAAUGGAACGGCGGCUUUGCUGAAGCAAAAGCAAGAACUUCCUCUAGGGCUUCACAAGGUCUCCUUCAUCGCCAAAGAUAUGCAGGGAAAUGGUGGUACUCAGACUACGACAGUGAGGAUCUGCCAAUGCACGAACGGCGCAUGCAUAAAAAGAGGUCGCUCUAUCGAAUUGGGACCACUGGGAAUCCUGACCUUGUUGCUGCCCCUGUUCCUCCUUCUGCUGCUCUGUUUACUGUUGCUCUCCACUUGCACUACAAAGCCAGAGAAGAUUCCACUUGGCGACGGAGAAUACAGUAAAGGAAUCCUCAUUCCAUCGAACACAGAGGCCCCUGGCGAUGAAGUGGAUUCCUUCGCUUUUCAUAGCACUUCAUUAGAGCAGGGAGUAAAAGAUUCAAUGAAGGGCUCUGUAGUGAACACUGGAUGGCUGGGAAACAAAAGCACAAGCACGAUUGGAGGCCAUAGCGUGCAUGAAAAUGGAUACCAACAGUCCAUCGGCCUUAAUGCAAUGAAUACUCAUAGUAUGUCCUCGAGGAAGUUUGAUCAUUACGGUCAGCAUUUUGACACCAUGGGGAGUCAACGUCUCAACAUGAAUGGCAUGGAUUAUGAUCAAUACACUAUGGACAAUAAUCUAGCUCGUACUUGGAAGACACAUGACCUUUAUCUGAAACAGAAACUGGCCCUGAUGGGAGGAGAGAGGGACGAACGCUACGCAGGUGAUAUCAUGCACUCCUAUGACUAUGAGGGGAAUGAGUCUGUCCAUGGCUCCGUGGGAUGCUGCAGUGAAUACGGCGACAAGGAAAAUCUUGACUUUUUGAACACACUUGGGCCAAAGUUCAAAACUCUUGGAGAAGUCUGUACAAAGAGAUGAAAAAAAAGAUAAUGAAGUGGUUUAGGUUUACUUUUCACUGUACAAGAUUUCGAUGCCUGGGUUAUGAAUGCUUGGUAUGGUGCUGAAUGUUUAUCAUGUUAGUGUUUCAUUAUGACAUUUUGGAUUAUUAUUAUUAUUUUUUUUUCUGUUUUGGUAGAAGCUUUUUGCACUGAAAACAAAGCAGUUGUCAGUUUCACACAAGUCAUGUGAUGCUUUCUUUUGUGGUAAUUUCUUCCUAUAGCCUUGGUCAUGUUCAAAUUAAGAUGUAUAUGAAGAUAAUUUAAAGCUUAAAAUCUGUUUAUAAUGACUUGAUUGUUUAGCUUUUAUUAAUCUUGUGUUCACAGAGAAAAAAAUGCAUUUUUAUUGUCAGUUUUGUCUGUAUAGUUUCUGAGACUUCUAUUUUUGGCUGACAUUUCAUACAGUGUUCUAUGUAUAAAACCUUUUUUUGUUUUUUUGUUUUUUUAAACACGUGCAGACUUUGGGA